ACACACAGAUCAGAAUGCAUCAGUUAACUGUAACUAUUUCUAGUUAUGUGCUGGGAAUAAUCGAUCGAAUAAACUCUCGAGGCACAAAAAUGAGAAAAAAAAUAUACAAUUUUCUUGUAUUCCUUGCUUUAUAUAAACGAGACCUCUGCCCUCUCUUCUACACACGACUCCUGGUCUCUGAAGAAGGAUACCAGAUGGCCGGAAACGAAUGGAUCAACGGGUACUUGGAAGCCAUAUUAGACGCCGGCACCAAGCAGACUCUUCUCCACCGUGACCGCCGCUUCUCCUUCUCUGCCCUUACGCAAUUGGUAGGAGAGCUACACGACAAAGGCAACGGACGCGGAGCAAAGGCCGCCGCCGCCGGGGAACGCUACAGCACCACCAAGUACUUCGUCGAGGAGGUCGUCAGCCGGUUCGACGAUACCGACCUCCAUAAGACGUGGUGGCCACGAGGAACAGCCAAGAGCGGAACAGUCGGCUGGAGAACAUGUGCUGGAGGAUUUGGCAUCUGGCUCGCAAAAAGAAGCAGAUCGAGUGGGAAGAAGCACGGCGCCUGGCAAAGAAGAAGAGAGAGUGGGAACAGGGGAGCAGAGAUGCAGCGGAGGACAUAUCGGAGCUAUCGGAGGGCGAAAAGACAGAGCUUCUGGCUGGAACUGCCAGAAACAUCCCCUCGCGCAUCAACUCCGAUAUGCAAUUGUGGAAGGAAGAGGAGCACGGCAAGAGCAAGCAUCUCUACAUUGUCUUGAUCAGUUUGCAUGGAUUGGUGCGCGGGGAGAACAUGGAAUUAGGACGGGAUUCCGACACCGGCGGCCAGGUGAAGUACGUGGUGGAGUUGGCUCGGGCGCUUGCGGCCACCAAGGGCGUCUACCGUGUCGACUUGUUGACUCGCCAGAUCUCAUCGCCGGAGGUGGACUCGACGUACGGCGAGCCGGUGGAGAUGUUGUCCCGUGCGGCCGACGCUGACAGAGGCGCCGAUGCCGACGGCUGCGGAGCCUACGUUAUUCGCCUUCCGUGUGGACCCCGCGAUAGUUACAUUCCGAAGGAGUCUCUCUGGCCCCACAUUCCAGAGUUCGUUGAUAGAGCUUUGACUCACAUAACUAACAUGGCCCGCGCGAUCUCCGAGCAACUGACCGAAGACGGCGGCGCCGCCAAGCCUAUCUGGCCCUACGUGAUCCAUGGCCACUACGCCGACGGCGGCGAGGUAGCGGCCCGGCUGGCCGGCGCGCUCAACGUGCCGAUGGUCAUGACGGGCCACUCGCUGGGGCGGAACAAGCUAGAGCAGCUGCUGAAGCAGGGGCGACUCAGCCUGCAGGAUAUCAACUCCACCUACAGGAUCAUGAGGAGGAUCGAGGGCGAGGAGGCGGCGCUCGACGCCGCAGAAAUGGUGGUCACCAGCACCCGCCAGGAGAUUGAGGAGCAGUGGGGGUCGUACGACGGAUUCGAUCUCAAACUCGAGAGGAAGCUCCGGGUGAGAAGGCGAAGAGGCGUAAGUUGCCUCGGACGGUACAUGCCCAGGAUGGUGGUCAUACCGCCGGGCAUGGAUUUCAGCUACGUGAACACGCAGGACCUGAUCGAAGGAGAUGGAGACAUAUCAUCUUUGAUCAGCUCAGACCGAGCUCAAAGCAGAAGGGACCUGCCUCCCAUCUGGUCAGAGAUCAUGAGGUUCUUCACAAACCCUCACAAGCCGAUGAUCCUGGCGCUGUCUCGACCGGACCCAAAGAAGAACGUGAUGACUCUGUUGAAGGCAUUCGGGGAGUGCCACCGUCUACGAGAGCUCGCAAAUCUGACUCUGAUACUCGGAAACAGAGACGACAUCGAAGGGAUGUCCGGCGGCAGUGCGGCUGUUCUGGCAAUGGUGCUCAAGUCGAUCGACAAGUAUGAUCUUUACGGUCAGGUGUCCUACCCAAAGCAUCACAAACAAUGCGACGUCCCCCAAAUCUAUCGCCUCGCUGCAGAGACUAAGGGAGUCUUCAUCAAUCCAGCCCUCGUGGAACCUUUUGGCCUUACGCUCAUAGAGGCGGCGGCUUAUGGAUUACCAGUGGUGGCGACGAGGAACGGCGGUCCUGUCGACAUUCUCAAGGUAUUGAACAAUGGAGUGCUGGUGGAUCCUCACGACCAAGGCGCGAUCUCGGACGCGCUGCUGAAGCUGGUGGCCGACAAGUCGCUGUGGCUGGAGUGCCGGCGCAACGGACUCAAGAACAUUCACUGUUUCUCCUGGCCGGAGCACUGCCGCGCCUACCUCUCCCACGUCGAGCAUUGCCGGGGGCUGGGACAGCCAUCCUCUCAUUGCUUCGAUCUCCCCCCGCCUGUCCCCGAACCCAUGAGCGACUCCCUCCGGGACCUCGGCGACGACCUUUCCCUCCGUUUCUCCCUUGACGACCCCACGGGAGAGCUCGCCUCCGCCGCUAUCCUAGACGACAUCCGCCGCCGCCACGAAACCCCUCACGCCUCCUCGGUCAAAGAUCACGCCCCAGCUGGCCCCGGACGCCGCCGCCAUGUCGUCGUCAUCGCCGCCGACUGCUACGACGAGGACGGGCGGCCAGGGGUCUCCGAUCUCAGGCGCCUUCUGCAGGUCGCGAUGGCCGCCGUAAGCGAGGCGGGGCGGGUGGCGUACGUGCUGGCCACAGGGUCCACCGUCGAGGAGACGAUGGAGGCUCUGCGAUGCUGCAACGUGGAACCGGCGGCGACGUUCGACGCGCUCGUGUGCGGAAGCGGGAGCGAACUCUACUACCCGUCUCGAGAUGCACCGGAGGACGCGGACUACGACAGCCACGUGGAGUACCGGUGGCCGGCGGAGAACGUGAGGUCAACGGUGCUCCAGCUUGCGCGGCUGGACGGCGCGAAGGAGGACGAUCUGGCGGUCGACGAAGCGGCUUGCCGCCCACGUUGCCACGCUUUCUCGGUCAAAGCAGGAGACAAAAUUAGAAAAAUCGACGCCAUAAGGCAAAGGCUGCGGAUGCGGGGCUUUCGCUGCAACCUUGUUUAUGCACGCGGAGGCACGCGGCUUAAUGUCAUUCCUCUCUUUGCAUCCAGGGCGUUUGCUUUGAGAUACUUAUCGAUGCGUUGGAGCAUUGAUCUCACGAAAUUUUUGGUAAUUAUGGGUGAAAAAGGAGACACGGACUAUGAACAGCUCCUGCCUGGGAUACAGAAAACUGUAACGGUGCAGGGUUUGGUAGCUCGAGGCAGCGAAAGGCUUCUGCGCGACAAGGAUAGCUACAAGAAAGAAGACGUAGUGCCUUCAGAAAGCCACACAGUUUCUCUAUGUGAAAGCAAUAUCGCAUCUGAAAUCCUUAGCUUCAUCCAACAAAGAUAAAUAUGACUCGAAUUAAUGCCUAGAAACAUGCUAUAUAUUCAAGGUGAAUGUUACCAACGCAGGAAACAUAGAAUUGCUAAUAUCAUCUCUAGUGAUGGAUGAGUUUUGCAUUCAUAAUUCACAAGAAACACACAUUUGGCAUAAAGAAUGAAAUGUUCUGAGAGUUUUCAUCUUUUUAAAGUGUUUUAUCAAGGGAUUGAUUGUUAGUGAUUAUAGAGAAGUGCUAAGACAUUCUCUAUAAUGGAUGUAACCCAAGUAUGAAGGGAACUUUAAUUAAGAGUUCAAACAAAUUUACAUUCA